CGUCUGCGACCGCUGGAAUCUCUUUGCCAGCCUUAAAUGAUGACACACUCCUUUAUUUUUCAAUCUGACAUUGUCUUUAUUAGGCAAUGGUGGGUAAAUGUGGUUACCGGCUACGUCCCAUUAUUUCUGUUCCGCUCUAGUUCUCUCAGCAUAUAAACUCACCCUAGUUCUCUCAGCAUAUAAACUAACCCUAAUUCGCUCAGCAUAUAAACUCACCUGCCCAAUGCUGAUACAUUUCCCUUGGCGUAUUCAAAAGUGUGUCGAGCCACCACCAUAUUUAGGUGUUGUAUCUUUGAAGAAGGUGAAUAUAUUCAAUACUUUGGGGAUAGGCGACGACACUUGUGAAUAAGAUAGAG